AUGCGGGAGCGGCAUCUGCACUCGUGGGCUUUGAUGAUGCUCACACUCCUCCUACUGUCGCCAUGGGGACGACUCACAUUCGCCUCCUCACACCACCGGACGCACAACGUGCAUGUGAAGCCAGGUACGUGUGAGGUGAUCGCGGCGCAUCGCUGCUGCAACAGGAAUAAGAUCGAGGAGAGAUCGCAGACCGUCAAGUGCUCCUGCUUCCCGGGGCAGGUUGCCGGGACGACCAGGGCCGCGCCCUCAUGUGUCGACGCGUCUAUAGUGGCCCAGCGUUGGUGGUGUCAGAUGCGUCCGUGUCUGGACGGGGAGGAGUGUAAAGUGUUGCCAGAUCUCAAAGGAUGGAGCUGCAGCUCUGGCAACAAGGUCAAGACCACCAAGGUCAGUAGUCAAGGUCGAAGGUCAUGUGACCCGGUAGCGCUACCUGUCCGUCCCCACACCAACCCAGGCCCCGCCCCUAGAGUCAUUACCAGGGGCAACGGAACCAUCAGAGGACCAAACAGAGGCUGGCGCACCUGA